AUGUCUGGCCAUGAUCCAAAAGAUAUCAGCUCCAAGGGCAAACAUCGAGGAGGUUUUGAAGCUAUCAAAAGAUCCCGCAAGAGAGCACCAACAAGCUCUGGAGUGUCAUCUCCGCCUGUUCCUCUUGUCGAUCCACAGCCUCAAGUCCCAUUGCUUGAUUUUCAAGGUUUGCCUGGAGGAGAUCAGUUCCCUGACUAUCAUCCGAACAAUGGCGGAUCCACUGUCAACCAGCAAAUACCUGCUCAUCAUUAUGUUGAUGGAACUCUCAUCAACCAUGAUCAAGUACCUCAAUGGCCCUUGAAUAGCAAUCAACAUCAGGCUCAAGAUCCAUCCUAUACUUUCAGGCAACAGCAGACUCAAAUCCAGGGCAACUAUCCAAGUAAUAUAGACCAUGUCAUCGCUCAACAACCAUUCAUCGAUCUUCCAUUUCCAGUUCCUCCGAUCGAGAUGGAUCAACGAUUUUCAACGCCUGUUUAUGCCACACAUAGUAAUGGACACGAAAUUAGCCAGCAAAUACCUGCUCAAUUCCAACAUGGAGAAGCUCCUGCUCAUUGCAAUCAACAAUCUCAAAUGCCCAUCAAUCAGAAUAACUUCAAUGGUGUUAACAAUAACCAACAAGAAUACAUUGAUUUUUCAUUUCAAAUUGCUCCGAUCGAUCUUGAACGAUUAUUUCAGAUGCCUUUUGAUGAUAACGGACACAACAUUAGCCAGCAAAUACCUGCUCAAUCCCAACUUGAAGAAGCUCCUGCUUAUUGCGGUCAACAACAUCAACCGCCCGUCAAUCAGACCAACUUCAAUGGUGUCAACAACAACCAACAAGCAUACCAAGGAAUGGAUACCACCGCCGCAUCAUCAUUCGCUAAUCUAUCGGCGCAAGAACAGGAAGCCGAAUUUCAACACUUUGUUCAACAACGUCUCGCCCUUGGAGAUACGCAAAUGAUCCAGUUCAAAAUAUUCCAGGCCUGGUAUAUAGGCAGGCAGUUGAAUGGAAUCAUCACACCAACACUUGCAUAUGGAGUUAUUCCUCUCCAUCCAGCUCUUAGCUUUAAUAACAAUGUACCAAUUCAACAGCCCAUGAUGCCGCUGAAUAAUCAAGGAUACAUGCAACCGCCUAACAUGAUCUAUCAGAAUACGGGUGAAGAAUUAACUACUGGCUUUCAGCACACGAUGGGCCCUUCAACAACUUUUAAUGGACAAGCUAUGCAACCGAACAACGAGCAGCAUCUUCAAAACCCUCAAAAAAGCAUCAAACCUGAUACGCGAACAAGAAGAACUUCGUUGGCUGUUGUAUCCGGGGGCCAAUCCAUUUUGCCGGGCUCCUCACGAUCUAUGGCACGGCCAGUCCUUUCAAUAAUUACGACAAUGCCCGCUCCUUCAUCAUCAACAAGGGCUCAAGCUUCCUCAUCAACUACAAGACCUCAAGCCCCUCCAUUGACCACGACAAUGACAAGAGCUCAAGCUCCCCCAUCGAACACGGCCCUGCCAGCGGUCACCAGAAGAAAUCGAAAACAACAAAUUGGUCAUCCAGAACAAAUGGGGAACAAAACUUGCGCCACAGGGAAAAAGACUUCGCGAGAGCAAGAAACUGAGGUUACUCCAGCAAACCAGCCAAUGUACAUCUCGAUUGAUCGAAUCCUUGGUGCUGCUCCUGGCAAAUACACUGUUUCCUUUUCGAAAUUGCCAGAAGUGGGUUCGUAUGCUGACGAUUUCGAUAACCAUAUUUACCACUACUUUGAUGCUGAAAUCGAAGCUCUUGAUGCGAAGAAAGCGGAGUCAGAGAAAGUAAAAGUGUACAUGCUCAGGAAUGAAGAAAGUUUGGCUAUGUUGAGGACGGUCUUGGGAGAAAUGCUCCAACAGUUCAUCGCUCUGUCACUGGACACUUCCUCGGACGCACGACAAAGCCUCGAAAACUAUGCAAAGACCAAACAGAUUCGCCAUUCCUCCAUGAAGUCGUUAGAAUUCGCCCCAAAAUCGCAAUUUACUGAAGAGAAAGUCAAAGUUGCACGCGAAACAGAGCAAACAGCCCAAUCGACCAAGGAUGAUGUCCCAGCGUGCGCCACGCAUAAUUUAAUGUGUGCUACAAACGAGAGUGAUCUCAAUGGAACAACGGUGGAAGGAAGUUGGUCGUUGUUUACGAAAACAACCUUCAUUGAUGAAAGUACUCCCUUGAAGUACGCAAUCGGGCUCGAAAUAGAGGUUGAAAAGAUUGGUGAUAGAUACGCUAGAGACAACCUGCUCAUUUAUGAAAGAUCUCUGCCAUCGAAUAUUGCAGGGGAGCCUCUUUGGGCUGAUAUAACCGACCUUUUCGCACUGCAAGCUGCGGAGUGGGGUAUAACCGCCAGUAUUCAAGAUCCACCUACGCCUGAGCCACGUACAGUUCGUGGAGAGAAGCGCAAGCGCCAACAACAACCAGAGCUUCAUGCUUCUCCGGUCAUUCUUGCGUCAAGCUCCGAGGCCUCCAAUUCUUCAAGCGAUCAAGGAAACAGUCCAACCUCUAACACGUCUACUGAUAGGACCAGUGUUUCCCCAAAACCAGUAGUAGGGGCACCUCGAUUAUCAGACAAUUCAAGGCCUAUCAAACGAUCAAGAAAUGUACAUGAGAUGGGCUUGCUAGAGGCAGGAACCGGUAUGAGGGAAUCUUCGCCUUUGGGAGUGCAAGCUCGCUUGCCAUCAAGUAUGCAACCACCCAUGGGCCGGAUCUCUCAGAAUGACCACAUGCAUCCUGCACGUUCUCCUUCCGAAAUUGUGCGAUCGCCAUCUACAACUGAGACUCAGAAUCGUAUGCCUGUGCAGGUGAGAGCUGAAGCUGAUGAAUCGUCCUUUGAUGCACCAAUAACUCUUUAUAGGCAGGGAGUGCUACUCGUCAACAAUGAGAGACCUUAUCAAUACCCUAUUUCAGAACUCAUACAACCGUCACGCACAUUUUCAGCUCAGAGUAAUAUGCCGCCACCAGUGCAAAUUCGACUUUCGAGACAACCCACAGAGGUAGAACUGGCUCCUUGUGAAGAAUUUGUGAAUAGCAGGUGGGUGAGAUCUUUUCCAGCUGAAAAGAAAUCGUCAUAG